ACCCUCAACAAAUAGUUUUGGGUAGGUUUUUUGAGUAUGCGCUUUCAUUUGAACGGAUCAAAAAAAGUUUUUUCAUUGCGAAAAACCCAGUUUUUCAAAACCGAGGUCUCCAAAGACGCAUUGGCAAAAACCAUCGUCAUAUUUGGAAUUAGCAUGCUCGGUUACCCAUUGUCUACUAAGUUUUACGUCAAAAACGAUUUCACAGUCGAGAGUCUUUCCUCAUAAAAGACGUUUCAUUGUCGCCUCGCUAAUAAGCAUCCGAUAUCCACGCUUUUUCUGCUCUCGUCAAUUAUUGACUUCUUUUCUAUCACACUUUGAUAACGCAUCAGUUUUUAAUAGACAUAUCUAUAAUUGCAGAACCUUCAACUGUACCAACUCCAGUCGUAGCAGAAUGGACUCCUAUAAUGCCCGCUUCUUAUCUAUCAUCAACUGUUUGUUAUCGUUUAUCAAAUCAUUUUAACGGUCUAUAUCGUUCAAUUGAUAUUGAGAAUGUUGAACCAUAUAAAAAUACACCACGUAUGAAACCAAAUGGUAAAUACACUGGGCAAUGUUGGUAUAUAACACCUAUUAAGGAUAUUGAAAAUAAAGGUUAUUAUUAUCUGUCAACAGCAUUUCGGGGUAAAGAUAUGGUGUUAGAUCGUUAUCAAACCAGCGCAGUACGUUUACAACCAAUUGAUGGAACAUUAACACAACACUGGAAAAUUGUACCGAGUUCUGAUUAUACAGGUUAUUUUUAUAUUAAAUCACGUACAGAUGGUGCGCGAUUAGAUGUUUAUCAAACAAAUACUGACCUCCGUUUAAUUAGUGAUGAUGGUAAACCAACAACGGGACAAAAUUGGAAAUUUACAAAGUUACCACCAGGUCGAGGACAAGAGACUCCAGGUGAAGAUCCAUAUUUGACAUCACAGUAUGUUUAUUCAAUCAUCAACGGUUUACAAAAUGACGAUGAUUCAAAAUAUUUGAAAAUCGCCGCAAGUUGUAAACAUUUCAAUGCUUACGAUUUAGAAAACUGGAACGGAACGGAUUGCUUUAGUUUCAAUGCAGUGGUCACUGAUCAAGAUCUUGUUGAAACUUAUUUGCCACCAUUUGAAACGUGUAUUCGUGAUGCUCGUGUAGCAGGUAUUAUGCGUUCACAUAAUGCAAUUAAUGGUAUACCAUCGUGUGCAAAUAAAUUUCAUUUACGAACAUUGGCACGGCAUGCAUACCAUUUAAACGGAUUCAUUGUUAGUGAUUGUGGUGCUAUUGAUAAUAUAAUGGGCACACAUCAUUAUACAUUAACAGUACAAGAUAUAGUAGUUGUGGCACUUCAUGCCGGUACAAGUUUAGAUUGUGGAGAUUUCUACAGUAAACACUCAAAAGAAGCUCUUAUAAAUGGAACAAUAAGUGAACAGAAUAUUGAUAAGGCUUUGCAGUGGAAUUCUGAAACAUUGCUAAGGUUAGGUUGGUUCGAUCCACCUGAACAGCAAGUGUAUCGACAAUAUACAAAAGAACAAGUAAAUACAAAAAAAGUUCAACAAUUAGCAUUGAAAAGUGCACAAGAAUCAAUUGUCUUAUUAAAGAACAACAAUGAUCUGCAACAAUUACCAAUUAAUUUAAAUAAAUUAUCGGGAAAAAGAAUUGGAUUAUUGGCCCAACUAUAA